GUUGUUGUAGGAAGUAAUGGUAAAGCACUGCAAUACUGAUGUAUCAGGGGAGAUGCCUUCUUGGUUUUGAAGAUGACGACAACUCUUUCAGUGCUGCAAGAAGAACUGGCCUCUGUGGACAGUGAGCUGCAGGCAUUGGAGAUCCAGAUUCAAGAACUUCUGGAACACCAGCAGGAUCUUCAGCAGAAGAAGGUGGUUCUGACAAAGAAAAUAAAACAAUUUUCAGAUGCAGGGAGUGGGAGCAGCAAAGAUACUGAUUCAGCAGUGGAAGACUGGAACAAGGAAGAUUUCCCAUGGUCCACUGGGAUCAGAGAUGCAUUGCAAAAAAACUUCAAGCUCAAAAAAUUUCGGCCUUUGCAAUUGGAAACCAUCAAUGUUACAAUGGCAGGAAGAGAUGUAUUCCUUGUCAUGCCUACUGGGGGUGGAAAGAGCCUGUGUUACCAGCUACCAGCUCUGUGUUCUGAUGGCUUCACACUUGUGAUCUGUCCUCUGAUCUCGCUUAUGGAAGAUCAGUUAAUGAUGUUGGAACAGCUGGAAAUUUCUGCAACUUUACUAAAUGCCUCGAGUAGCAAGGAACACGUGAAAUGGGUCCAUACAGAAAUGCUGUCUCGCAGUUCACAGCUAAAGCUCAUUUAUGUGACCCCAGAGAAGAUCGCAAAAAGCAAAAUGUUUAUGUCCAAACUGGAAAAAGCUUAUCAAGGAGGAAGGCUUACACGCAUUGCGGUGGAUGAGGUUCACUGCUGCAGCCAGUGGGGGCAUGACUUCAGGCCCGAUUACAAGUUGCUUGGCAUCUUAAAACGACAAUUUCCCAAUGCACCAUUGAUCGGUUUGACAGCUACUGCCACCAGCCACGUUCUGCGUGAUGCUCAGAAAAUUCUUUGUGUUUUGAACUGCAUCACUUUCACAGCCUCGUUUAAUCGACCCAACUUGUUUUAUGAGGUCCGACAAAAGCCAUCAACUGCUCAGAAUUUCAUUGAGGACAUUGUUAAACUCAUCAGUGGAAGAUACAAAGGCCUUUCAGGAAUUAUCUACUGCUUUUCCCAGAAGGAUGCAGAACAAGUCACCAUGAAUUUACAAAAACUGGGGAUUAAAGCAGGGACUUACCAUGCGAAUAUGGAACCAAAAGAUAAGAGCAAGGUUCACAAGCGCUGGUCUGCCAACGAAAUCCAGGUUGUAGUGGCCACUGUUGCUUUUGGCAUGGGAAUUGAUAAACCUGAUGUGAGAUUCGUGAUCCAUCAUUCAAUGAGCAAAUCCAUGGAGAACUAUUACCAGGAGAGCGGACGUGCAGGUCGGGAUGACCAGAAAGCCGACUGCAUCUUAUAUUAUGGUUUUGGGGACAUAUUCAGGAUCAGCACAAUGGUGGUGAUGGAAAAUGUAGGGCAACAGAAACUCUACGACAUGGUUUCUUACUGCCACAAUAUGAGCAGGUGUCGGCGCGUCCUGAUAGCACAUCAUUUUGACGAGGCUUGGGAUUCUGCCAACUGUAACAAGAUGUGUGACAAUUGCUGUCGAGAGGAGACGUGUGAGAAGAUGGACGUGACCAGGCACUGUAGGGAUCUCAUCAAGAUUUUAAAGCAUGGAGAUCAGAAGAAGGAGAAAUUCACUCCUCUAAAACUGAUUGAUGCCUGGCUAGGAAAAGGUUUAUCAAAAAUGGGAAUAGAGAUUGUCAUUCCCAGGCUUCCCCGUGAGAUGCUGGAGAGGAUUGUGGCUCACUUAAUACUACAACAGUACUUGAAGGAAGACUUCAGCUUUACAGCAUUUACUACAAUCUCCUACAUAAAGCUUGGGCCGCGGGCUGAUCUUCUAAAAAAUGAGGGCCAUAUGAUCACUAUGCAAGUCUUAACAUGCAGAAACAGUUUUGCUAAAAUCAGAUCACCUCCAGUAUCGAGUCCAGGGAACUUGGGAGGAAAGAAAAGGAAAGAUAAACAUAAAAACCAGGAAGGGGAGAGGAAGAGGUCUCUCUCAGACAACCACAUCAAAGUCAAAAGAGCUAGAACUGAACCAAACGAAGAAGAGGAUGAACCAGUGAUCAUAGAAGAUUAAGAAGCUGAAACACAGUUUCAGGAGUUAAAACAUGCCUGCAUGUUUCAGUGAUGUGGACAGUGUUUUGAAAUGACUGUGUUUGGCAUUUUGUCAUAAUGGAAAGGUAGGUGAGCUUGGUUGCUAUGAAUUGGAUUAAAAGUCUAGUUUAAAUGUGGCUUGAAUCUUAGUACAUGGCAAGUAUAUCUUUGUUCCAUAAAAUC